AAUCUGGAAAAAAAUAUUGCUAUUUAUCUACCUUCAUACAAGGAUUUGUUUGAACCAGAAAAGAAGUUAAAAGAACCAGGAUCAAAUGAAAGUGAAUAUAAGGAUGAUAUCGAAAUAAUGCAGAAAAAACUUGAAAUUUGCAAAGAGUUACCUGCCAACGACAAAUCCAACGAAAAGGGACCAGCUGCUAAUCCCAUGAGGGAAUUGAGUAUUGAAAAAUUGGUUUUAAACAUCUGUGUAGGAGAAUCGGGAGAUCGUUUAACAAGAGCAGCAAAAGUACUUGAACAAUUAACAGGGCAAACGCCAGUAUAUUCAAAAGCGCGUUAUACCGUUCGUUCUUUUGGUAUUAGACGUAAUGAAAAAAUUGCAGUACAUGUUACAGUACGUGGUCCAAAAGCCGAAGAAAUUUUAGAACGUGGUUUAAAAGUUAAAGAAUAUGAAUUAAAAAGAAGUAAUUUUUCCGAAACUGGAAAUUUUGGUUUUGGUAUUCAAGAACAUAUUGAUUUGGGUAUAAAAUAUGAUCCUUCCAUUGGUAUUUACGGUAUGGAUUUUUAUGUGGUACUGGGUAGACCUGGUAAUAGAGUUUCUCGAAGAAGAAGAGCCCAAAAGAAAGUUGGUUUCAAUCAUCGUGUUACCAAAGAUGAAACCGUCAAGUGGUUCAAGCAAAGAGUAUUUGUCCUUUAUUAA